UGUCUUUGGUUUGGCUUGGUUGGUUUGAUCGUGAUCGUUUGCUUACAACUUUAUUGGUAAAAUUUAAAUGGUGUUUGGGUAUCAAUGAACCUGUGUAAUUAGUAUUUAAGUGUAGUAUAAACUAAGCACAAUGUCUAUACCGCCGUAUCCAUCUGAGGACCUUGCUAAAUUAGUGCUGGGAUACCUGGCGGAGGAGCAAUUGAUGACGGUCUACGAUGAGUUUCUGCUGGCUAGUCCGUACUUAGAUGCUCACGUGAACGAGUAUGAAAGGCUUAAUAUGAAGUCUUUGCGUAGCCUCGUUUCAGAGAGUUGGUCCGUCAAAAUUUACGUGGAAAAAUGCAAACCAUACUCUCUGAGGAAGAAACUUUUACAGUUCUCCAAUCUACUGGAGGUUUUCAAGUACCUGGUGUCAAAUUUUGAUGUGAAGACUAUACAACCAUGCAGUACAAAUACAGACAAGACUGGUGCAAGAACAUCACACAUAUCAAAUGUAUCUAGAAGUAAGGAUCUUGAGGAAGAGUUUCAGCCGAGAAGAUCUCCAGUUCAAGAGAACCAGAAUGAUGCGGUUCCCACCACAUCCAAUCUGGUGGAGGCCACCUCUCUAGCUGAUUUACCAGGCAACACACAUCACAACAUCAGAAGAAAGCACAUGCGGGUGUUGGACAAGGACGGUCCGGAGGCGGCGAGGCUGGAGGCUCACCGCGGAGAACUUGAGGAGACCAGCUCCGAGCACCACUCACACACGGCACCACAAGCACAGACAGACAGCGCAAGAGGAAAUGUCUAUGGUCCGGGCUUUUGUAUAAAUCCACGUAAUGAAAUGAUUGGUGCCGUGAACGACAAUCCCAACUUUAUAUCUGACACCCGCGGCAUAUCCACUACAGAGGGAACAUCACAAGAUGGUUUAUUCCAAACAGGAAACAAUGCUGAGUCUGUCAGAUCAAUACCGGUUUCCAGUACUUCGGAAUUCAGAAAUAACUUAUCAUCAACCAACCCAGAUUUCAGCUCACAACUCAACACCGCUGCCGCUCAAAAAACCAAUCCUCCGUACCUGUUCCAAGUGACUCACCCAAUGAACCUUCUUGUUCAGAGCUCCGACACCGUUUCCAACAGCAGUAAAUCCAGUGACGACAACAAAAUACGGAUACUCUCUGAUGUCAAAGUUGAUGGGAAACCUAAACCUUGUGGCGUUAGCAAACAGACAGAACUUCAGAUGGCUAAGUUUAGCCCGAUGAUGCAAACGCAGACGAUAGUUAUAAAUGGCACGCCGGCGUAUAAGGGCUACCAGGCGCGGAAAGUCACGUUCACACGGGACGAGAUUAUGGCCAUGCCCACCAUGAUAUUAAUGCCUACUCCAGGCCCAUCUACAACUCAAUCCACAACCGCAACAAGUGAUCCUUCAACAACCAGUGUGCCUGUAUCUAGCGAAACAACCGCGGCACUGUCUCUCGGACCCCUCACCAUAGACAUAACAAGCAGUCCUGCCCCGGGGAAACCCGGCCCGGACUGCGAACCAGAAACAAACUCCAAUUUAGUCACUACCAUAGACUUAAAAAACGCUUCGGUCCCCAAAGAUUCCGUCAUUACAGUUCUCGGUAAAACUAGCACUCCGCAAGUCUUGCCGCCGGCGAGGAAAUCGUCUUCGACUCCUCGACGCUCUUCACAUGUCAGGGUGCUAGACUUCACCACACCGAGAAGGAUAUUACACGAAACAAUCAACGAAAACCCCGCGGUUGAAGUUAUUGUUAGCCGCAGCCCCAACCUUCAUAUACCUAAUGUACCUUUCCCGGAAUCUGUAGAGCCUGACACACAAGCUGCUGAAGAGCCUGUAGAUAAGAAGACUGAUGAUGAAAGCUCCUCUAAGGAAAAUAAGACAGCUGCAACAGUAAAGAGUAAAUCAAAUUGGGACGCAGAUUUGCGCGCCUUGGCUCUAGCCUCUGCACCGCCAGAGCCAAAACCACCUGUUAAACGUGUUAGAAAAAAGAAAGUUCCGGGUGAAGUUAUUGUAGAAACAAAUAAGAAAACGCCCAGAGGAUGUAUGUCAAAGAAGAAGAAACGCCUAUCGGCAGAGAAAGCUGAGCCACCAGUUGUGACAGAGGUCAAAGAGAAGGUAGAAGAGAAAGUCGUAGUUGAAACAGCGGUUAAACCCACUAUCAAUAUCAUCACAGAAUGGAAAAACCCAGCCCAGGAGGCUCAAACGGAAACUAAAAACAAAUCCAAAGAAGACACAUCGGCGGAUACUCCAGAAAUGGACCGUGUUUCCCUGCAAAAUGCGAUGGGGGCUAAACUGAAUAUCUCCGAUCUAUUCGAAACUCCGUACAAGCAAGCUCUGUACGAUAUUCAGAUGGACACGCCUAAAUUCUUGCGUCCGGACAUACCGAUCGCUGAUGAACCAGUUUCUGAGAUUAAAAUUACUGAUAUUCCUACACCUAGAUUCUUGAUUGAUACUCCAGCUUACGUCGCAAAAACAUCGCAAGCCACGCCGUCGUCGUAUUCCUCGCGGCCGACAGAUUACUCCAGCGGUGGUUCUUAUUAUAAACCAGACGAACAAGAUUUCAUGCCGCAUCCAGACGACCUAGGAAGUCCGAUCAAAUAUGUUGAUACAUCAAAACCUGAUGAAAGUAAGGAUAAAAGUAGAAGCCGGUUAAGUUCCAGACCGGUAAGACAAUGCACCAAAAAUGUAAAAUACUCAGAUGUAAGAGAAAAGACAAGUGAAAAAGGUAGUGAUGUGGAUGUUACAACUGUUGAUAAUUCAUCACAAACCCAUGUGGAUAGUUCAUCGGAAAACAAUGGAGUUGAUCGACGAAAAGAUGACAAAAAAAUAGAUACUAAAACAAAGCCUAAAGCAGAUAAUAGAAGAAAAUCAAGCAACACAAGUAGGAAGCGCAAGACGCCAGUUAAAAAAGCUACACCGAAGACAUUUAUGAAAAUCAAACCUCGUAGACCUACACCUGUUAAAGAUAAUAAAAGAAAAAGUACUGUUUCGGAAUCUCUACAACGGAAGCGAACGUCUAGUAAGGAAAAGUCGUCUUUUGCCACUCCACCUAUAACUCCAGCUCCAACUAAAUCGAGGCGGAAAUCGUCUACUCCCAGAAAAUUACACACCAAAGUUUUAACUAGUAGUUCAGAAAGUCCUGAGAAUAAUAUAACCACUAAAGCGGUUGACACUGGCAAAUCCAUAGCUCCAACGGCAGUUGAUUCUGAUACUGAAAACAUCCCUCUAAGGUGGUCAGAUGACUGCUCGCUAGAAGGUAAGCCAAAAGAGGCAGAUACCUCGUCUUUUACUGGAUCUGAAGAUAUUAUGCAAAUAAAAGCUUAUCUUGAACAAUCUAUGAAAAAUCCAAUAGAAAAAAUAGGUGAAGGUGAAUUAGGUAGUCUUCAUAUUGAUUUAAUUAAAAGAGGGUUUGAUAUUGAAACUGCGAAAAGUAUUGAGAGAGAUUUACUUGAUUCGCCAGCCCUUAGUAAUCCGGGGCCAUCGAAUGCUACUAAUGUACCAAAAGAGGUAGCUAAAGAGGCGAAGAAAGCAGAAGAUAACGAUGCCAAAGAAGUCUUAGAUAAAACAGUUUCUGAUAGUAGCGGAUUAGAUUUAGUAGUGGUACAAGACGAAUCGGAAGACGAAGAGGAACUAUCUUACUAUCAAUGUCACGAAGGGGACGCAAAUUACAUUACAUACACAUUUGAUGAAAAGGCGGACCAUCCUAAACGUGAGGUUCAAACUUUAAAAGAAAAUUUCACAAUUGAAUUCUGUAUGGAAGAUGACGUUAUAAGAUUGCAAACUACUUCUUUACAAGUCUAUUUAGACGAAGAACCAAGCAAUGUCAUGGAAGUUAGGGAAACCGAACCUGUGACUAGGGUAGAUUACAGUAGUAUGAAUACACCUAUGAAAGAGUCGUUCCACGCACAAUGCAGAGACCUAUUCGAUUCGACACUCGCCAGUUUGGACACUCCUUUAAAAGCGAAUUCACCAAUUAGGGAAGAAUCGAUAGCAGAAAUAGUAUUAGAAGUAGAAAAGAUUGAAGAAGCUAAGGAGAAAACGAAAAAGAGAAAAAGAGCCAGUGGCUCGAGUUCGGAAGAUUCCCUAGUAGAUGGUAAGAGAACUAAACGAGAUGCUAGUCUGAUGCGAAACAUCGACAUUGAGACAGUAUUGAGUAAACUACACGGGCCGUAGUAAGAUCUUUGCGUAGUUUUAAGUUAUGUUAUGAAGUGACACGUAAACUGUAAAUAAUCACGAUGGAAAGAGAAGUAGUGCUAUCUCAUAAAAUAGUUGAUCUAUAAAUCUGUUAUAAUGAUAGUUUGAAUUCUUUCAUGAUUUCCCAUUUGAAUUAAACACCGACUGAAGAAACUUAAAAGUUUGGUUCUUCAAGUAAGUGAGAACAAUAUUAAGUAUUUUGUAAAUAAAGGUUAAGUGUUUUGUAUGUUAGUAAUAACUUAUGAAUAUGUAAUAACGUUUAUUUGAAGUAAGUUUCUUAGGUAAGGGAGAUCUCGUUUUAUAUGUGUUAGACACAUAGUACCUAACUACUUCUGUAAGUUUAUCGUAAUUAAGUGUUGUAGUGUAUAAAGAUAUGACUUAUUAAUCCAACGUGCCAGACACAAUACAAUAUACAUAUUUUGAUAACA